CGUUGUGUACGCGUGCAGUGUUUUGGCCGGGAAAAGUAUCCGUUUGCCGGGAAAAGUUCGUGAUAGUGCGUCGACUGGUGGUCCAGCAGCAGGACGAUGUAACGUGUAUUGUCGUGAUUCUCGGAUCCACCGGCAAAUCGAAGCGGACGCUGGAAAUGGCUGCCAAGUACACGGUUCUGGAGGUGACAAAAAUGCCGGCUCGAUGCAGGUGAGCGAAUGUGCGUGGAGCGUGUGCCCUCAAAGCAAGUGGUGUUUGUGUAGCGUUGUCGCAGCACCGUGGACCGGACAGCUGUUCGGUAGGCGAUAGAUGAGGAAUCGGCGCGUUGUAAAAUUGCAAAUACCAAUGGCGCUCGGCUAUCAUCCAAGCCACCAGAGUACAUCACACUGCAGCAGAUAUUUGGUUUGCAGAAAUUAAUUCACCGAUUGAAAUCACCGAUUUAAACAAAUCAACGAAGAUGGAAUUCAGCUAUAAAACGCCGGUGCAUUUUACACCACCACGUGGGGAUCGGUCACAGGCGGACCAGAACAUUCGGCCAGUCCACGCUAGAAGAGCACCAUUUGCGUGUCGGAAAGGAGAAUCGCACAGUAAACGAGCCAACCGCAACCCCUCUCAAACACCAUGGAGGAACUGUUGAUGUCGAUCGUGAAGGAGGCAACGGGAAGCAAGCUGCAAAAUCUCAAACAAGCCGCACAAAUUGCACACGAAAAAUUGUCCAGACAGCAUGGCAUGCACCGGGAUCCUUCGUACGAGCUGCGCUCGGUGUGCUUCACCGCGCUGCAAAUGGCCCUGGAAACGAAGCGGCCCAAGUUCGUCACGUAUGGCCUGAAUGGCCUGCAUAGAAUCAUCCGCGAUGAGAGAUUCUUUAUCGGGCUCGAGCCGGAGGAUGACUCGCUGUGGCUGCCGGCCCAGCUGCUCCGGGCCACGUCGAGCCUGUCGACCAUCGCCAACGAGGACACGGUGGUGAACGUGCUGCGGCUCAUCCUGGCGAUGGCCUGCUCGCAGACCUGCACCCUCAACGGCCGCCUGCUCAUCGAGGUGCUGUCCAAGUGCGGCGAGUGCUGGGAGAACGGGUCGCGGGCGGUGAAGGCGGCCUCUCUGGCCGCCGGCAGCCAGUGCCUGCGAACGUUCUGCGCGUUCCUGAAGGAUGAGGCAGAGGAGAUCGUCCGGCUCGAUCCGACGGGCAUCAUCAGCCUCGGCAUGGCGGCGGCCGUCUACAACGAGGUGAUCCCGGUGAUGCAGUGGCUCUGCAGCCGGUUGGCGGAGCCGGCCGCCGGUGGCAACCCGAAGGCGGCGGAAACCGUCGCCGGCAGCUCGCUCUACCUGAUGGAGUGCAUCCUUACGUUGGUGGUGUCGCUGCCCGCGGACGUGCACGCCAACCCGCACUUCACCACCUUUCUGUGGCAAAAGUUUUGCCCCACGCUGGCGGCCACGAUGGGCUCACCGGGGCGCGUCAACAAGGACAAGAAGUUCACCUACAGGGACGCGAUCCAUCUGAUCGAAAGCGAAAACCGGGGCUUCUUCACGCGCCCGGGACUGGAUGGACCGCAGGCACGCUGCAUCUACCUGACCAGCAUCCAGCUGCUGCGGAUAGCGGGAGCCCAGGGCAGCCUGCGGCCGAUGCUGGAGGCGCUGUUCCAUCGGAUGCUGCUGCUGCCGGUGCCGAGCAACCGGGCUGAGCCGCUGCGGUACGCGCGCGAAAUCUUCAAAAGCCCGGAGCGGCUGAUCGACCUCGCCAUCAUACUCUAUCCGGACAAGUCACAGAGCAGCAGCGACGACAUGGCGCUCUUUCGGCUAGUGAUUGACGCGAUGGAGGAGUGUGCCGCUGCCUGGCAUCAUGGAAGCACCUCGGUGUACGCCGCCCUGAGCUCCAGCGUGGAGUGCAUCGUGGCGCUGCUGGAAAGCCUGCAGGUGCUGUCGUCCGGCAGCUUCGACGAGGCGUUGCUCGGCGACCGGAUCGCGGAAGCGGUCAACCAGCGCUACCCGCUGCUGGCCGACGCGGACUACACCGGUCCGCUGACGUACCAGUCGAUGACGCGGCUGCCACCGCCGUACCGGGACGCGGUAGCGGAACUACGCCAGAGCGGCUUCGAGUCCUCGUCCGAGUCGGAUGCCGAGGGUGGACUGGAGCAUUCCGGUACCGGUAUCGAUCCGGAGCUGGGUUCGGUCGGUUCGGGCGACACCGAGGGUCCCGAGGACGAGGUUCACUCGUCCGGGGACGACGUGUCUUCGAAGACGAGCCAGGGCAACUGGCUUUGGUCGCACAUCGAGGAGUCGUCGGCGUCGGGAUCCGGUUCCGGUGGCUCCCGAUCCGAUGGCGACUGCGACCGGCUGCAUGCGCGCGAGUUCGCCUCGGUGCUCACGAACGAGCUGGUGCCGGCGCUGCUCAAGCUGAAGUCAUCCAUCGAGAUCGACGACGCGGUGCAGGAGUUUGCGUCGAAGGUGUGCCAGCGCAACUGCGUCCGCGACCGGCCCGAACCGGCCGACUACGGCACCCUGACCGCGCUCAACGCCGACGGCAUCUACCUGGCGACGUACUCGGCGCUGCUGCUCGCCCUGCAGUUGACCCGCUCCGGCCACUACGACGACGGUGCCAGUCGCUCCGGAGCGAUUCCGCUCUCGGAGCAGCAGUUCGUCACGUCCGUGCUGAACUCCGGCAUCCUGGUGUACCUGUCAUCGGCCUGGCUACGGGAGCUAUACCAGUGCAUCCUGGCAGCGAACCCGCUGCACGCGGCUAAAUCGCUCGCCUACCACAGUCACAGCGGUGGGGAGCCCGGUGUGGGCACGCACUGCGCCCUGAUCGAUAUGCUGCACGACGCUGGCGGUAUCGGCCCGACCCAGAUGCUGUCCGACUGGAUGCGACUGCAGUCCGUGGUACGCAUCCACAGCAACAGCAAUGGCGCGAACGGGAGCGGCGAGUCGAGCCUGAAGCAGCAGGCGGCUAGAAAGAUCGCUCGCCGGCUGCUCACCUGUUGCUGGGACUCGAUGGUGGCGGUGCUGACCGCCGGACUGGGUGAGGCGGGCAGCUCCCACACGGCCCGCCUGGUGAAGCUCUCGAAGAAGACGCUCCGCGUGAAGAAGGAAUCGAAGAGCUCGGGCGAGACGCUGUACGCCCUCAGCCUGGACGGUCUGCACGCGGCGGCCACCCUGAGCAACGCGCUCAGCCUGCAGCACCUUGCGGGCAAGAUUAUCAACCUGAUCGCAUCCAACGUGUGUCAGAACGCGGGACCCAAGAUACCGGCCAGCCAUGCGCUGUCGAUGGACGUGGUACUCUCCGGGGGGCUGGAGCUGGGCUCGCACAGUGCGGACUGCUGGCUGCCGGUGUUCUCCGUCUGCCGGCACGUCACCCAGCUGGAGCACGACCUGUUCAGCUCGAGCACCGCCGGCCCGAACGUAGGCAAUGCAUCCUCCUCCGGUGUGGGCCAGUGCAAGGAUGCAUCAUCGGUGGAUGCGAAAGGUGACGGACGCGAGCAGUCGGACCGGCUACACCUCUCGCCAUACUCCGUCGAUGAGGACGAGACGUGUGUCGACGUGUACAGUUUCCUGCAGGCCCCGAAUACCAAUACGAACAUCAACGUCAUUACAAUACUGAAGGCGUACACGGGCAACGACGCCGUCAAUCUGACGCAAACCGACACAGCCAAGAUGCUGUGCGCGCUAUCGCAUCAGGCCGACAUCCUGUUCUCGGAGGCGGCGGAGCGGCUGAGCCUGCCCGCACUGCAGCAGUUUCUCAAGAGCCUGUGCCGGGCAUCGCGGGAACAGCUUUAUCGGAGCACGUCCAUGAAGAAGGGCAAGAAGUCGUGGUGGCUCGGGCGCCCGUGGAAAGUGAAGAAUGACUCGCUGCCGCUGUCCCUGCUGCUGCAUCGGGUCGGUGACGUGACGCUCAAGGUGUUCCGCGGACCCCGCCCCUUGCUGCACGUGCUGAAAGUUUGGGCCAUCACCGGACCGCACCUGAUGGACGCUGCCUGCCACAAGGAUCGAAGCAUCUCGAAGAGAGCGAUCGAGUACAUCCACGACAUCAUAACCGCGCUGCUGGUGGAGCAGACGGAGCUGCCACACUUUCACUUCAACGAGGCGUUGCUCAAGCCGUUCGAGAACCUGCUCAGCAUGGACUCGUGCGACAUCGACGUGCAGGACCAGAUCGUGGGCUGCCUGUACGAGAUCGUGGAGGCACACCGGACCGAGAUUCGCUCCGGCUGGAGGCCACUGUUUGGCACGCUCCGCACGGCCCGCAAUCGGCCGGUUCAUCUGUCGAACAUCAUCGACAUCUUUCGCGUAUUUCUCGAGACCGACAACAUGCUGGUGUUCGCAAACGCGGGCCUGGACUGUAUCCUGUGCCUGCUGUCGUACCUGGAGAUCUCCGGCAGCGGGCCUACACCAGUCGACUACCAUCAGCAGCAUGCCACCGCUGGCAAUGGGCUCGGCUCCGGCUCCUCGCCAGACGAUGUUGGCCCGGUAGUGAUGCGCUCGGGCGACUUUCUGUACGACGCGCUCAAGUUUCUCGAGCGCUGUGCAUCGAUACUGGACUUCAUGUACAACAUGCCCCAGUGCCCGAACCUGCAUUCUACGUACAAGAUCAAGGGCAUCACCUACACGCACAUCAUCGACGCGAACAUUCCGAACUCGAUGGAGAACUUCACCUUCUUCGGGCAGGACUACCUGCAGAGCACCAACGAGCAGUGCAUGAUCAGCUACCGCUCCCUGCACAUCGACAAGGAGUCGAUCCGCAAGAUCGACGAGCUGGACCGACCGAGCGGCGUGCUGAAGGUCUGGUUCCUGCUGCUCGACGGUCUGACCAACUCGCUGAUCGUGUGCCCGAUCGCGCACCAGUCCCCGAUCCUGCAAUCGAUCUUCAAGCUGUUCAAGUCGCUCAUGGUCAGCCCGGGCGUCGAGUUUGGCUUCUACUGCAUCAACCACCUGCUGAUACCGAUGAUUCAGGACUGGCUGCGGUACGUCAACAAGGCGCAGAAGAACUGGGUGCUAAUCGAGAAGAACUUCAAGCACUGCUGCUGCAUGACCACCGAUCUGGUGGUUGACUUCAUCACCAAAUCGCAGACGCUCGAGACGCUCGAGGAUCGCGUAGUCAUCGGUAGCGAGUCGACGCUGCUCGGCAACGGAUCGCGACUGUCCGCCGCGACGCCCCUCAAGUCGCAGCCUCACAAAACUGUCAGGGGUUCCCUCAAGUACACGUCGGCACGUCAGUCAAAAGUCGGCACGGGUGACGGCGGACCGUCGGAGUCUUCGAAGGGAGCGCAGAGUCCGUCGUCGGGCGCAAAGCUUCCCAGCUCGGCCAUCCUGGCGCUUAAGCAGCUCCUGCUGGUGCUGAUCGAGUGUUCCGCUCAGUCGCAGGAGACGAUUGCGCGGGUGGGUGUGUCGUGCAUGAAGCACAUCAUCUUCUCCGCCGGCUACCUGUUCGACGAGGAGCAGUGGGUGAUCAUCGCCUCGGCCGUACACCGCGCUAGCACGGUUUCAAUGGCACCGCUCAAGCAGCUCAUCUUCGCAUUCAACCGCAACUCCAACAGCUUCUAUGGCGAUUGUGCGAACGUAAAGGUGGCCGCUCGGCGGGACAGCACCGCCGACGAGCAGCAGCGCAUCAACUCCCUGGCCCAGCAGGUGUUCCUGAUGGACAGCCAGCGGGAGUCGCUGGGUGCACGCAGCACCAACGCGCUGCAAGAGGAUAGGUCGUACUCGUUCCUGCUCUACCCGCUGCAGUGUAAUACCACGCCGGUUCCGUCCAACGCCGGCGGACCGGCACAGUCCGGUUCGUUCGGGUCGUCUGCGUAUGGGCUGAAUGUCGACUGCUAUAUCAUUCGCAUACCAUACCGGAACCUGAUCGUGGGCAUGCUAGCCAGCCAGAUGCUGCUGCAGCUGAUAGCCAACAUUCUGCUUAGCGGCCUCUCGAACGUUCCGAGCGAGCUGAACUCGUGCUUCUACAACAGUGGCGCCGAUUCCACCAGCCCCGGCACGUCAAACGUUGGCGCCAGCUCCAAGCUGCUGUUCUAUCUCGGUCCGCACAGCAAGGAGAUACUGCUGCGGGCGCUGCGCCAGUUCCUGAUCGGUGCCAUCGAGUUCGACACGCGCCCCGGGCUGAAGUUCCUCAUACAGAAGGUGUCCGGCAUCGACUACGCCGCCAACCUGUACAAACAGAUGAACUCCUCGUGGAUCAUCCACUACAUGGCGCUGGUCGACAUGUACUUGAACAACGUGCGUAUCUACAGCCUGACGGUGGAGGACGUCCGCUAUAUGCUCAGCUCGUGCUGCGAUCAGUACCCGAGCAGCUUGCAGGCCGUGAAGGGCGACGAGAAGUGUCUGCACUAUCUGCUGGCGUUGCGGGACCUCUGGGAGCUCAUUGCCGACCACUUCAUAGUGCACCUGGAGACGGACUCCGAUGGGGCUGGCGGACGCAAGGCCACCAUCAAGCUGGAGCCAGGUGAACAACAGUGUCUCACGACAGUGGACAACCGCUCGCAAUGCGCUGGCGACGGCCAAGGCACUGUUUGCUACGCUCUGUCCGAGCAAACCAGCGAUGAAGGCUCUCCGCUGGACGCGCCCAACAUGCACCGGAAGUCCAGCGUUGAGGCAGAUAACAAUGGUACCGGCCAGCACCAGGAGCAGGUCAAAGAGUUCGCAUCAAUAUAUCUCCAGCAGCAGCAGCAGCAGCAGCAGCACCAGACGCACGAGGCGCAGGAGCAAAAGGCGACCCCAGACAAACAGCCGAGCUCCUCAUCCUCGCCGCCAGCGCCCGACGGCGAGCGGCAGCAGCAGAAGCAAUCGAUUCCGCCGGAAAUCGAGCAGCAGCGAGCGCACAGCAUCCAGAAGGACGUAUCGUAUAAGACAUCUGCCUUACGACAGCUCAUCGUCGCGUCUAUUGAGCUAAUCAAACUGCUGCCGAGCGAGCAGUCGGAAUUUUUGCAACUUUUGCUUACGCCCCGCAUCCGGGAAGCUUUUCAUUUCGUCGAGGAGAAGAACCCGUUCCUUUCGCUGGACGUGCAGAACUAAAUUAUAUUCAGUGGACUGCUUUCAAAACAAAACCCCGGUCUCACUUUAAAGUAAGUGCUUCAAAAACAGAAUCAGAUAACAAAUUGCUUCAUAUUGUGUAUAUACAAAAUCAUAUUAUUGUA